CUUACAGUACACUGCACAGUAGAGCCUAGAGGAAAAUGAGAAUUGCUGGUGAUUCAUGUCAGAAUGAUUGUGUUACUGAAGAGGAGUCACAGAAAAUUUGGCUAUCACUUAAGACAACUGUGCAAUCAUCGGCGAGAUCUGUCCAUUGUAGCUGAUACUACAAAUAUCACAGGACUGCCCCGAUGUGUUUACCUCUCCAAAUCCAACAACAUUUUUGAGAACCUGGCUUUGGAGGAUUGGAUUUAUGAAAACACAGACUUUGAGAAGCAGAAUGUGCUUUUGUUGUGGAGAAAUGAACCGACAGUGGUAGUAGGGAGACAUCAGAAUCCAUGGAAAGAAUGCAAUGUCUUCAAACUACAGAAUCUCUCAGUUCAUCUAGCCAGGAGGAAGAGUGGUGGAGGCACUGUCUACCAUGACUUGGGGAAUCUGAACUGCACUUUCUUCACCACCAAGACUCAGUACAACAGAGACAGAAAUCUGCUCUUGGUGGCCAAGGCUGUGAACCAAAGAUGGGGACUGGACUUGGCUAUUAAUGAGAGAGAUGAUAUUGUUAUGAAUGGAAAAUAUAAGGUGUCUGGUACAGCAGCUAAACUUGGAAGGAAGUCAGCAUACCACCACUUUACACUUCUAUACAACACAAACCUGGACAGAGUUCACCAAUUACUACAUAUCCACAAGGCAGACAUUAACAGCACGGCCACAGACAGUGUGAAGUCAAGUGUUCAGAACUUGUGCUGUGUGGAACCCAGCAUUGAUUUUGAAUCUCUGACAGAAGCUGUUGCUAGGGAAUAUCUUCAUAAUGCACAGCAACAGGAAAAUAUAACAGAGUUGGACCCAACAGACGAGUCCAGAUUUCCAGGGAUUGAAAAAAUCAGGGAGUCGUUAGAAAACUGGCAAUGGGUUUACGGAAAAACUCCCGCAUUUCAUAUUCAAAGGACUCGAUGGAUAGAAAUUAAUGAAAAACCAUGUCAAAUAACACUUAACAUACACUUCUCUAAGGGAAGCAUCUCCGAUGUAAAGUUUGAAUCCCCAGAAAUUCAGAUAAGCCAGGAGUUUAAGGAUAUCUUUCUAAAAUAUUUCAAAGGAGUUCGCAUGAGGAGGGAGGAUUUGGAAGUUGCAAUAGAUAAUUUUCAGACUUCAGGACCAUUUCACAGAAGCAGUUCAUUAAGUCAAUUUAUAGUGUCUGUUUUAUUGGACACUUUGACAGAUAGGACGGCUGUAGAUGUGGACGAAGUGGAAGUUUUAUGAUUAUUGGUAUAGAGAUCUGUCACCAUUAAUAAUUAAUUAAAAAAAUAAGGGUGCAUAGUGCUUGAUAGUUAUAGAUAAUUGGAGAGGUGAAGUCUCCGCUUGGGCAUGUACCACCUGGAGUUUGACUGCAUGGACUGUUUCACAAACUUCGACCGAAAUCGUAAAAAUAAUGAGUGAAAGAAUAAAUUGAGGGGAUAACUGCCUCCUGGGCAAGUACCACCAGCUGGAAAAAAUAAAUUAACACAUCUCUUUUCACCAUUAUUUAUUUAUUGUCAGUUUUAUAACAAUACACACUGUGACAAUAUUGUUUAUCAUGUAGAACAACGAUAAUUGCUUGAUCUUUUCAAUUGGGGAAAAUUGUGAAUUUUACAGAUACUGUAUUUCUUAAGUAAUAAUUUCUGAAAAUUAAAACAUUCCUAUUGAGUGGUAGCAACAAAAUUAAAGAGCAGGGUAGUCUUAGGGUGCUUUUCCAGAGAUUUGGAUCGAUCUAAAGAUUAAGUUUUAGAUCGACCUAACUCCCUGGGGGUUCACGCUAAAUUGUC